AUGGGCAGUACUCGAGAAGCCAGCCACGCCGGCUCGUGGUACACAUCGAAUCCGAGCAAACUAUCUUCGGAACUCGAUAACUGGCUGUCCCAAGUCCCCUCCACUAUUUCCGACACAAAUCUACCCGUUCCAGGUGCUCGAGUCAUCAUUGCACCCCACGCAGGAUAUUCCUAUUCCGGGCCCGCCGCCGCCUGGGCCUACGCAACCCUCGAUCUCUCCACCGCAAAACGAAUCUUUCUCCUCGGGCCCUCUCACGCUUGGUACCUCACCGAAUGUGCACUAUCCAAACACUCCAAAUACGCUACUCCCUUGGGCGAUCUAACCAUCGACACGGCUCUGGUCCAAGAACUCUCCGCGACAGGGGAAUUCAAAAAAAUGUCCACCGACCAAGACGAAACCGAGCACUCCCUAGAAAUGCAUCUCCCCUACAUCUACAAACUUCUUUCCCUCAACUUUCCCUCCCCCUCAGGCUUCCCCCCUCUAAUCCCCAUCCUCGUCGGCAACACCAACCCCAGCACCGAGCGAAAAUUCGGCUCCAUUCUCGCUCCCUACCUCUCCGACCCCUCAAACGUCUUCAUCAUCUCCUCCGAUUUCUGCCACUGGGGUCCUCGCUUCCAAUACACAUACUAUCUCCCCGCGAGUCCAUCCGCCGAAGCCCGCGAUAAAUCCGGCGGGUACUCGCUUUCGCGCCGGGAUAAAGCACCGACGCAACCGCCGAUUCACGAGAGUAUAGGACGUCUAGAUCAACUAUCCAUGGAUGCUAUAUCCGGGGGCGUGCAUCAGGAGUUUCUAGAUAAUUUAGAAGAGACAGGGAAUACGGUAUGCGGGAGACAUCCGAUCGGAGUGAUAAUGGCUGCGAUUGAGAAAGUGAAGGAGGAUAAGAAUUUGGAUGGGGAAAAGGGGAAAUUCAAAUUCGUGAGGUAUGAACGGAGUAAUGAAGUUACGAGGGUAGAUGAUGGGUCGGUGAGUUAUGCUAGUGCGUAUGCUGUGCUGUAA